AUGAGCCACCCCAUCGCCCCGCCCGUCCAGGGCAAGUCGAUUGCUGCUUUCAGCCAGCGCAGUCCGUACAAGGCUUACCGAAGCCCCUUUGGUCCUCAAUACAAGAUCGCAAAGAACUUCCACGGCAUCACCGCCAACACACUGAUGAAAGCCGGUAUACUUGCUGGCGGAUUCGGAGGCGUUGCUGGCUUCUUUGCGCUCUUCUUCUUCGCCGAGGUCCCCAAGGUGCGCGACGACAUUAUGCUCAAGAUCCCCGUUAUCAACAAAUACUUUAUCAAGGAGAUUGCGCCCGAGGACAACCCAUUUUAG